AUGGAUUCCAGGGCGGCCAAGAUGGUGCAAGAGAUCAGCCUAGCACUCAUCUUUGAUGCCCAAAAAGUUCUGGAGGAACUCAGUGAAAUUGACAUGAGAUGUAAUGAUCUGGGAAAAAAUCCCAUUGCUAACACCUUCCCAGAAAUCAAGAAGAAGGUCCAGCUUUUCAAGGACCUCUGCAAGCAGCACAGGCAGACCUUCCAGAAAGAACUGGCAGGACUCUUGCCUUCCAUCCGGGGAGGAGGAAAAGAGGAAGGCGCCCUGGCCGACAUCCUGAGGUCCAUGAACCAGUCUCCCUUCAACAGCCAAAAGCUCCAGGAGUUUCUGAAGAUGAAGGAGCGGGAGAUGGAUUUUGUGAACUCUUACCUUGCUAUCCUCAGUGGGAUAGAAGUCCUCUCCUCUGAGAGCAAACUGAAUGAAAUAGUGCUUGACCACCAGAAUGAAUUUGUCAUCAGCUUUACAUUCACUUCUUUACAUGAUGAGGAACCAUUUUUAGCCAAUUUACAACAUUAUCUUCAUAAAGAAGGUUUGGAAGAAAAAACUAACUUCAAAUGCCAGGCCUGGUUUGAGUAUAAACAGAUGUCUCGUAAAGCUGCCAGAUCCAUUUCAGAGUUUUCCCGUGUUAAUAAACCAAAUGGGAAGUUGCGACAUGACAGCGUCCAGCUGACCUUUCAACCAGCCGAAUACGGGAGAGAGAAUAUCACCAGCUACCAGGUAGAGUACAGGAUUGAGGGAGAAGAGAACUGGAAGACUGUGAAUACGGAGAGCAGCCAGGAGAUCUUCCUACUAAGAGGUCUAAGCCCAAACACGGAGUACCAGUUCCAAUACGCUGUUAGGUGCAAGCCGGGCCUCAGUGAGACCAGCAACAUCACCCCGUCUGUGAAGACCCUUCCCGUUGGACCUCCUGGGAAACCCAGGAAAGUGAGUGUGGGAGCCUCCAUGAUUUCUGUUGCUUGGGGAAGUCCCAUUGUCAUUGGAGUGGGAGCUGUUAUAAAAGAGUACAAAGUGGAGUACAGAGAAGAGACUGGGCAUGAAAACAUCAAGAGCAAAGAUGCAUGGAAUGAAAGAAGGACAGGGAGAAAAACAGAAUUCUUCCAGAUUAGUGGGCUGAAUCCUCAGAUGGUCUACAGACUCAGAGUGUCCGCAGUGUGUGCCGAUGGGACUCAGAGUAUUCCCAGUGAAGAGGUGGAGGUUUCUACAUCCCUGGAUGAAGUUGAGAAGGACAGAUUAGUUCAAAACUACCUCCCAAAGAGUAGGCUACUGGUAAAAGGACAACCAUCAAUCUAUGCUCUUCCACUAGAGGUGACAUCUGAUGAUUCAACAUCCUGUCUGACAUAUUGUUUUGGGGAAGAGAACCUGAGGAUCCCCAACAAAGUCAUCAUGGUGAUGGGAGCCACAGGGUCAGGGAAGACCACCCUCAUCAAUGGGAUGAUCAACUACAUCUUGGGUGUCCAAUGGGAAGACAAAUUCCGAUUCAAACUCAUUCAUGAAGAGACCAAUCGGAGCCAAGCUGAAAGCCAGACCUCCGAAGUAACUGCUUACAUGGUGAACCAUCAGAAGGGCUUCAAAGUUCCUUUUUCUCUCACAAUUAUUGACACCCCAGGAUUUGGGAACACGAGAGGAAUUGAGCAUGACAAAUUGACAACACAGAAGAUCAGGACGUUUUUCUCCAUUCCAGGAGAAAAGCAUCCUGACCAUAUAGAUGCCAUCUGCAUUGUAGUCCAGGCCUCCUUGACUCACUUAACUGAGCCCCAGAAAUAUGUGUUUGACUCAGUCCUCUCCAUUUUUGGAAGAGACAUAAAAGACAACAUCCAAAUCCUAGUCACUUUUGCUGAUGGGCAGUCCCCUCCUAUCCUGGAAGCCAUUAAGGAAGGUGAUGUGCCAUGUGCAAAAGAUGCCAGUGGGAUGCCUGUCCACUUCAAAUUCAACAAUUCUGCCCUUUUUGCCAACAAUAAGAUUGAGAGUGGAGGCAGCCUUAAUUUUGAUGAAAUGUUCUGGAAAAUGGGCUGUAUGAGCAUGAAGACUUUCUUUGACUCAUCCAACACCUUGGAAACUAAAAGUCUGACGUUGAUGAAGGAAGUCCUCCAGGAACGGAAACACCUGGAAGCUGCUGUGGAAGGUCUGGAGCCCCAGAUCCAAGCUGGACUGGUGAAACUGGAAGAGCUGAGAAAUACCCGGAAAGCUCUGAAUCAGCACAGGGAUGAGAUGGCUGCCAACAAGAACUUUGAGUACGAGGUGGAAAAAACUGUCCCAGUGAAGGAGGACAUCUCUGGAAGUGGGAUUUCAUAACCAAUCAUGAAUUGUCAUUAUACCUGUCAUUAUCCUUGUGGAAUUGCCCAAGAUGAUUGGAAGUACUGCUGUGCAGCUAUGGAUUCCAAUACAAAAACAUGCGAGGUGUGUCCUGGCCGAUGUGAAUGGCAUAUUCACUUCAACCAGAAGUACAAGUUUACAUAUAAAGUUGUAAAAGAGAAAAAGACCUAUGAAGACCUGAAGCAGAAAUAUGAGCAUGCUUCUGGUGAGGUGAUGACCACUGAGAAAGUUCUUGAAAAACUCAGGGAAGAGUAUGAAGACGUCAAGCACAUCUUGGAAGAGCUGAUCAAGCAAUCUUCCCAGAGCCUUUGCCGCUUACGGGAAAUCGCCCUGAAGCCCAACCCGCUCUCCACCCCAGAAUACAUCGACCUGCUCAUCAUGUCCGAAAAGGAAGAGCUGAAGCCAGGUUACCAGGAGAGAAUUCGGGUGUUGAAAGAAAUGAGGAGGAAGGCUGAAAUAAUACAGAAGAUUGCUAAUAGCAAACCACUUCUGCCUGAAGAAAAGGCUAUCCAUGAUUAGAUUGAAGAA